GGCGGGCGCUGCGGGACCGGAGGUUUGGUUGCGUGUGUGCCAUGGACUCAGCCGCCCGGUGAUAUUGACAAUAGGAGAGAGAAAGGGGCAUUGACGGGGACCCGCGGCGGGUUGCGAACGGCAGCGGCGGCUCCGGCUCCAGCGGCUCUUCCUGCUUUUCUUCCCGACUCCUCCGCCGGCCGCGACUGCUGCAGAUCCUGUCUUCCUCCCUCCCUUCCCCCCUCCCCACCUCGCCGCCGCCGCCGCCGCCGGGUCCGGGGCAACGAGCUGAGGCGCCGCCCGCCGGGAAUGUGAGCGCGGAGCCGCUGGCGGAGCCGCAACGGGGUCAGUGCCGAUUUGAUGGGCCGGGCCCGCGGGGGAGGAUCGUGAGGCCGCCACCGCCGCCGCCGGAGCGCUCAGGGUCGGGUCCGGCCGAGAGGCCUAGAGGCGCCGCCGCCGCCGCCGCCGCGGAACGGGAGAGACGCCGCACCGGACAGCCAUCGCCCCGGGCUCCCCGCCGCCGCCCGGACCUCUCCCCGCACGUCCCGGCCCCGCCGCCCGCCCCUGCCGCUGCCCCCUCGCCCGUCCUCCGCCCCUCGAAACCACAGAUCGUCUUUGGAUUCUUCCCCACGAGCUUCAAGUAGGGAUAUGUCCUCAGCACCAACUACUCCUCCAUCAGUGGAUAAAGUAGACGGAUUUUCUCGGAAGUCCGUCAGAAAAGCCAGACAGAAGAGGUCGCAAAGUUCCUCCCAGUUUAGGUCUCAGGGCAAGCCUAUCGAGUUAACACCUCUGCCGCUGCUCAAAGACGUUCCAACCUCAGAGCAGCCUGAACUGUUCCUAAAGAAACUUCAGCAGUGCUGUGUCAUUUUUGACUUCAUGGACACGCUAUCUGAUCUUAAAAUGAAAGAAUACAAGCGCUCCACUCUUAAUGAACUGGUGGACUACAUUACAAUAAGCAGAGGCUGUUUGACAGAGCAGACUUACCCUGAAGUAGUUAGAAUGGUAUCUUGCAAUAUAUUCAGAACUCUCCCUCCUAGUGACAGCAAUGAAUUUGAUCCUGAAGAAGAUGAACCUACCCUCGAGGCAUCAUGGCCGCACCUACAGCUUGUAUAUGAAUUUUUCAUACGAUUUUUGGAAAGCCAAGAAUUCCAACCCAGCAUUGCCAAAAAAUACAUAGAUCAGAAAUUUGUAUUACAGCUUUUGGAACUAUUUGACAGUGAAGACCCUCGGGAGCGGGACUACUUAAAAACAGUCUUACACAGAAUUUAUGGCAAGUUUCUUGGUCUUAGAGCAUUUAUCCGAAAACAGAUUAACAAUAUUUUUCUAAGGUUUGUUUAUGAAACUGAACACUUCAAUGGUGUAGCUGAACUGCUGGAAAUAUUAGGAAGUAUUAUCAAUGGCUUUGCUUUACCUCUUAAGGCCGAACACAAACAGUUUCUGGUGAAAGUGCUGAUCCCUUUACACACCGUCAGGAGCUUGUCACUCUUCCACGCCCAGUUGGCGUAUUGUAUAGUACAGUUUCUGGAAAAAGACCCUUCACUCACUGAACCAGUUAUUAGGGGGUUAAUGAAAUUUUGGCCUAAAACAUGCAGUCAAAAAGAGGUCAUGUUCCUUGGGGAACUCGAAGAAAUUUUGGAUGUGAUUGAGCCUUCACAAUUUGUUAAAAUUCAAGAACCUUUAUUUAAACAGAUUGCCAAGUGUGUAUCUAGCCCCCAUUUUCAGGUGGCAGAAAGGGCCCUCUAUUAUUGGAAUAAUGAAUAUAUUAUGAGUUUGAUAGAAGAAAACUCUAACGUCAUCCUUCCCAUCAUGUUUUCCAGUCUUUAUAGGAUUUCAAAAGAGCAUUGGAAUCCGGCUAUCGUGGCGUUAGUGUACAACGUAUUGAAGGCGUUCAUGGAAAUGAACAGCACCAUGUUUGACGAGCUGACAGCCACAUACAAGUCAGAUCGUCAGCGUGAAAAAAAGAAAGAAAAAGAACGUGAAGAAUUAUGGAAGAAAUUGGAGGAUCUGGAGUUAAAGAGAGGUCUUAGACGCGAUGGGAUAAUUCCAACUUAACAGAAACACGACAGCAACAUUACUAACCUGUGGAGUCACACAUUUAUGUAGUAGAAGAUGGAGCAACAGUUUUCUGUAUUGUGCAACUUUACAGUAGAUUUCACAUUUGUUUCAUUAUUACAACAGCACUGUAUAUACCUGUCUUUAAGUAAAGGAAAAAAAAUAAGGACUUCAAUCCAAAGUUUGGACAGUAGACGGACUUCUCAGAACUUUGCAAACAUAAUCAUUGUUCUAGCCCUCUUAAAAAAAAGUGGUCUUCAGAGAUCUGUUGAUGAAAUUGCUAUGUUUAAAUUCCAUUAUCAGGAGUUCUUAUUUAUCACUAGCAGAGAGUAUGAUACAAUUUUCAAAUGUGAACAAUCUUAAAUUUAGCUUAUCUUUCUGCUAAGCGGUUAAAUGUAUUUAUAGUAAAGGAAGAAAAAGAUUGUCAUUUCCUUAUAAGGCUGUGUAACAUCCUCCUUUGGAUAACUUGAUGAAAUUUGACAUCUUUUCCUUUUGCACAUCUUCAUGAGUUGAAUGUCCAUGUAGAAUGGGGCUGCGAAUUACAAAAGCCCUUCAAGAAAAUUUUGUCUACUGGGGUGAACAUCUUUCCAGUAACCAGGUAGUCCUGGCACUCCUUUAGUUUUCAAAUUAGGAGUAAAAUAAGAGGAGAGGUGAUAAACAUAGUAGGGAAGGGAAUUUUGGAUUCACAUUUGAGUCUAAUGGUGGAUCCAAUUCAAUGUCUUGAAUCCUUUGAAAACAGGCACUGGGACACCGCAGGCUUCAGUGCCUGACCAGUAUUAGUUGCAUCCAUCCAUGAGCAUACAUAUCAGAGACGGUUUAGAAAUAUCCCAACAUCCUUUUGAACCAUAUAACAGAAGAAAAACAAACACUAAAUAACACACAACAAUGAAAUUGAUUGCCAGGAAUGUGAAUCGAAUUGGGAUAAGAGUUGAGCAAACAGCUUGGGCUGUUUGGAGUUGUUGCCUUACUUUUUAAUAUGUAUUUAUAAAGUAUUCCAGCAAAAGAGGAUGUAGCCUCUG